AUGACUCCUUCGCCUCCGUCUCUGCAACCCCUGGCCUGUGAAUAUUGUGGCAGCACUGCCAGCCUCCUCCGCUGUACUGGCUGCAAAGCAGUGACCGCGUGCGAGGCCGUCGGAAGCGCCUUGGCCGGUGUCAUUAAGGAGGAAAUUCCAUUCCGCGCCACCUUCUUCAAUGGCCGCCACCCAACCAUUCCUCGCAACCAUUUGCCUGAGGCCCGGAGGUACGCAGCUGCCCGGAGGUGGUGGAUCCUGGUCCUUCUGGAGAAUUUUGGGCAGGCAGGGGGGCGGCGGCAUGUUGUCGAGACUGCUCUGGAGCACUGCCUGGAGGUGAUGCGCGAGAAGCAGGACGACAUCUCCGAGCUUGGACGCUUCGUACCUUCGCUUCUAGUUCGCCUUGGCAGGGACCAGGAGGCGUAUGACUUCAUCAAGUGGUAUGUCGCGGUGGAGCACGGCUGGGGUUGGGGAAAUUCGACGCUUGGAUAUUUGGGUAUCAAAAAUGCAGAUGUUCUCGAGUAUCCCGAAUUCGAGAUGGAGAACCGACAUGAGACAUGGCCAAACCUAACCAGCGACUUGAACUUCUUCAUGCUAUCCACCUUGAUUCUCGUCAAGAUGCGAGUCCUCGAUGAUCUUCGGAAUGUUCAGAAUGCCUUUAGGGCACUGCAGGGUUACGUGGUCCCUGAGAUUCUCGAACUUGUCCAAGCUCAUCUUCUCAGUGGGGCUCUUAAAUCACGACAUGAAAUCCUCAGGCGCUCUACAGAUGAUAGAUCUGCCCUGAUACUGCAGUCCAAAAUCCACAUCAUGGCUCUCUUUGAUGCUGCUGAACAACAUCAUCCCACAAGCUGGAGGCUGAUGAGAGGGCAAAGGGUGGCCAAUGCCUCUCCAGAGCCCGAAUCGGAUGCUUUGUGCAGCCGCUCUUCGUGGCUGGAGACUCAUGGCGCAUUGGAAACUCUGAACCGUGCGGCCGAGCGGCGUGAAAAGAAGUGCGGAUAUCUCUCGUAUGAAUACAUCACAAACAAUGGCCGAAAGAGACUGGUGGCCAAGGAUGAGGCCACGUCGGCCCUAGCUAGUUCAUAG